AUGCUCCCGAAUGGCACCUUGUGGGAUGUCUCCUUACCUGAAGUUUCUUCUUCUUUCCAUCCAUUGAGUUCCCCAGCGAGUGUUGUUGACUGGUCACGCUACGCUUACGUACAAUAUGUUACGAAGCUUGACUAUCUUUGUAAUUCAGUGAUGCUUUUUGAAUCGCUGUCCUGCCUGAAUAGCAAGGCGGACCGACUAAUGAUGUUUCCAUCGGAAUUUAAACUAGAUAACAGUUCUGCGGAAGGCAAACUGCUCCACAAGGCCCGGGACAGAUAUGGUGUACAGCUUGUACCCAUCGCCGUCCAAAGUAAGCCUACUAACGAAGCCACAUGGGCCGAGAGCUACACAAAGCUGUUUGCCUUCAACCAGACCCAAUAUGAUCGCGUCCUUAGUUUAGAUUCAGACGCAACCGUCCUACAGAGACCCCAUUCGCCGUCCAUAGAUGAGCUAUUCCUUCUACCCCCGUGUCCCGUUGCCAUGCCGCGUGCAUAUUGGGGCAACUUCGACGACCGCGUAUUAGGCUCUUAUAUAAUACUGAUUCAGCCGUCUGAGUUCGAGUUCAACCGAGUCAUGCAGGCAAUCGAGAAAGCGAGCGACUCCGAGUGCGAUAUGGAAAUCGUCAAUCACCUCUACCGCGACAGCGCACUUAUCCUACCCCACCGGCCAUACGGCCUCUUGACCGGGGAGUUCCGCUUGAAUCAUCAUACUGCUUACUUGGGCAACGAUAUCGAAAUGUGGGAUCCCGAUCAAGUCUUUAAGGAGGCAAAAUAUCUGCACUUUUCGGACUGGCCCGUGCCCAAGCCCUGCCUCCGUGCUCCAGAGCCCAUAAUACAAGAAAACCAACCGAUACGUCACAAUGAUACGGUCUCAGGCGUAAAAGACUGUCGUUCCCGUGACCUAUGGCUCGGCUUCUAUAGCGAUUUUGGGCGGAGACGAGGGGUAUGGAACUGA